AUGCCUGAAGUGAGUAGCGCAGUCGCACCUCGCUUUCGAGUCAAGUCAGCUGACUUCACUUUGAAGGGAGCCGGAAGUAUGCACUGUCAGAGUGGGAGUUGGAGGACGCUGGAAGAUGCUAGUAGCUCAUCGUUCCCUCUCAAUCCACAGAGAAGUGUUUCAACCAGCACCGCUGCAACCGAGCCCAUUGGGCUUCAUACAAGUGUGGCGACUUUAGUAAAAAAACGACAGGAUAUUGAAGAGCAGAUUAUUCAUUUACAAGUUCAACUGCUUGAGUCGUUUCGUGAGGAGUGGAUCCUCACAGGUGUGAUUCCUGAGGGUUUUGCAGAACUUCAGACCCAAGUGAUCGCCUUCAAUCCAAAGCUGAAGACCACUUCUUUCCCCUUUACUCAUCUGCUUACAAGUAGUCAGUUGGAACCCAGUCGUAAUGGUGAAAUGAUUGACAAGAUAGAUUGUGCACUAGUAAGGAUUAAUGAAGCGUAUGCUGCAUCUGGAAAGCCCGUGGGUACUACAAAUGGCAAACUGGCAUGCAAGGAUUCCCUGACUUCAUCAUUUUCAUCAGUAAUGGGUGAUUCAUUGUGCUGGUCUCAGUGGGACGAAACCUCCACCAGGACGUCUGGCAGCCUUGGUGACUGCGCAAAUGACGAGGCUCGAGAAUUGAUAACCAAAAGGCUGCAGAGCCUGGAGGCCGAUUGUGCCUUCGUCAGUCAGCUCUAUCGGGCUCACAAGCAACGUGCGAUGGAGACAAAUAGACUUGCAUUUCGGAAAGCCUACAAGUGCAAUGCACAGAAGUUGAAGGAAAUACAUCGUGAGAAACUUGCUUUGGAAGAGCGCUUACGUGUGCUUAAACUUGACGAACAAUCCAACACCAUUCCAGGACUGACAAGGUCGAGUAGCCUCUCUGCACAAACCAAUGUAAAUCGGACGUUCAACCUUUUUCCUCCCUCCUCUAUCGCAGCACCACCGGUGGCUACACUUCCUCGACGCAGGACAUUACAAUUUCCGUCUAUUUCAGCCAGCAAUACUCUGCGCCUGGGGAAAUUGAGGCGACGAUCUGGCCUGAAGUACACAGGCCUCGAGAAAUGUCCUUCUUCAGCUGUUCACAUACAGCAAACUGAAGAGAGUAUGGACAAUGUGCCUGACUCUACGUGCAUUAAAACUGCCCGGGCUACCGCUUUCUCCACUUUUUUCCGUCUCCCAGGGCAGCAUGGCAAUGUUGAGUCAGGAAGGUCCAAAACAGAUGAGGAGUCAAAGUCCGGAAUGCUAGAAGUCAUUGAGACUGCUCAACCAUUAAGUAGGGGAGAAGGAUGUGAAUUGGAGUCCAAUCUCGAUCGGACUCAUUUUAACCGAUCCGUUUCUUCCCCAGCUCUAACCAGGCCUCACAUCGAAGAACUCGGACGUGACUCCGUGUUGAGUCGCUCCUUGGAAGCUGUUAAGGGGCAAGUAGAAACACUCGGCUUUAACUCUGUAAGUUUGUUUUCUUUGCAAUUUUGUAGUGAUAUACUAAGUGGAGUUGGAAAAAAUGAAACACCAGAUGAAGUGGUGAAAUUGCAGAUUGAGACUGUGGAUCGCCCUACCCGAUCCAUCACUUCUUCAUCGUCUUCUGAUGUACAGUCACCAUCCGAUUACUGCUCAACUACACCACAAUCUUUCUGUAUCGUGCAUCCAUCCAAAGCAUCGGAAGUUUGUCUCCGUCGACCUGCAGAUGGCGAACUAAGGGAUUCGUCCAUCCGCUGUAUUUGCAGUUGCAUUUCUGAGUAUAGCGGGAACUGUGAAUGCACUGAGGCGGUAAAUGAGACCACGGGGCUGCAUUCCGACCAGCCCGAAGGGGCACAGCAGCCCUCACCACCUUCUAGGAGCAGGCUACCAGUGACGAUGUCCAGAAAACAGACUCGGCGGAACCUGAAUCUGUUGUCUUUAUUGCGUUCACGUAGUAGUAAGCAGGGCUCCUUGUCUAACGCAUGA